CAACAUUUUUGAUAAAGAUUUGUAAAGUCAAAUCUAUGUACUUAUCUAUGGUCAAGUGAACUUACAUUGCCGUUUUAAUAUUCAUUAGUUUUCUGUUUAUUUCUGGCAAAAUGAAUAAGUUUUUUCCUUUCAACAAAAUCACCACAGGCAUUAACAUUAUCAAAGCCAACGGAGGUCCUUUAAAUGCAUUAAAAAAACUAUUCAGGUUAGUUUACUAUAGUAUUUAUAAACUGAAUUAUUUUGUUUUGUCAUAAGUUUAAAAUAAAAUAUGAUUUAUCAUUUAUGUAUACUCUAACUAAAGAUACCAUCCUUGUCUACGUUUCUUGAGUAACAUUACAAUUAAUGUAUAUGUGUUGUUGAACAUACCUAAGUAUAAUUUGUUAGUAAUCGUUCGUUUAUCUAUAUGUAAUAUUAUAUUUCGAUUAUUACCUAUUGUUUAAACAACAAAUUGGUUUAAUUUUUAAAAAUUGAUCGUUUUAAGAUUGUUUUGUGUUAAUCCAAUAUUCAUUUUUGACUAUUUCAUAUCAAGUAGGUACCCUACUCGCAUACAUUUUUCACCUAUCAUUAGAAAAUAAGAUUGGAAAACUAAUUAAAUUGUUUUAUUUUGUACACUGAUUACAUACAAAUCAGAUUAUUGGUAGUUGGUGAUAUAUUGUAUGUUUAAACUCUCUCUCCCCCUCCAAAAAAAUACUGAUUUCUAAUGUUCUAAUUCUAUAGUUUGAAUGUAUUGUGAUAUAAUAGAUACCCCAUUGAUGAAUGUAUUUUUUUCCAAAAUUUGUAACACUACUAAAAUCAAAAACUAUGCAGGUAGUGAAAAGACACCGGAACAUGCCAAUUUAUAUAUAUAUAUAUAUAUAUAUAUGUAUAUAACUAUAUAAAACAGAAAAAUGUCUAAAAAUAAAUAUUUAUUCUUAUAUUUGAUCUUAGAUAAAAGGUUAUUUUCCUCAUCUCAAAAAACCGCGUUAAAUAAAAAAAUCUUGAAUUUUUUCAUAUUAAAAUCCCGUUAAAGUGGUAUUAUACUGAUUAGAAAAGAAAAACAUCUACUAGUGUACGCCUUAAGGUGUCUGUGUAUGACAUAAACAAAAUUUUGAGAAUUUUGAUGUUUGGUUUGUGUUAUCAUUUCUGAAAUGCUUAUGUCUGAUUUUCUAUAUAUUAUAGUAGUAGUAGCGUUCAUUAGUAUGGUGACAUUCAAGGGUGUUGUUAUUAACAUAGACAUGUCAAUAACAUAUUUUUAAUAAUAUUUAUUAAUAUGUCUAUGUUCUUCUACGGCCGUCUUAAGUUGUAUGCCAUCUCUUUCUAACGAUGUUGGUGUACGAACCUCUCUUUCCACGAUCAGUCCAUUUAUUGAUAUGUCUAUGGUUUCAAUUGUAACUGAUGUUAUUAUUAUACUAUAUUAUAGACAGGAUGAAUUGAAAAUUGGAACACUGGUCGGCAUUGACGAAAUGGGCAACCGUUACUAUGAAAACAACAUGUAUUUUUACGGUAUUAAGCUUAACUAAAAAUAUCGAUUUAUACCUGAUAAUAUUUGUAUUUAUUCAUUUUAGGACGUAAUCGUUGGGUAGAGUAUGAUGACAGUGUUGGACUGAAUUAUGACGCCAGUCAAAUUCCGGCCGAGUGGUAUGGUUGGAUUCAUUACAAAACGGACCUUCUUCCGUGUCAUGUAAUUAUAACUUAUUUGUUCUGUAUAUAUUUACAAAACCAUUUAGUAGGCAGGGCCUAUCCAUAGACUGUGAUUUAGAGGUGUGGCAAUAUUAAUAUACCAAUACAUUCUAAAAAAUAUGUAUUCAUUAAAAUUAUGAUAAAAUUAUUUAUUGUAUAUUAUGAUUUAAGUUAUGACCAGUAGAGGUAACCAAAAAAAAAUAAUAUUCAUCGCACAUAGCCCCCCUUAAAUAUACCCUUUUAAAUAGGUCCUAAUGGAUUUUAGUAAUUACUUCUAUGUGCUUAGAUAUAAUAUUUUAUUUAUAAUUAUUAUAUAUUUCAGGAUCCGUCCAGGCCUAAGUACAAGUGGAUAGCAAAGCAUACAGAAAACGAAACUGGUACUGAACGUCAGUAUGUACCAUAUAGUACAACACCACCGAAAAUUCAAGCUUGGGUUCCUCCAAAAAAUAACUAAAAUGUUGGACCUUUUAGUGUAAAUAUUUUAAAAGUUGUUAUAAAAAUUGUGAUUAAAUAUAUUAGUUUAAAAUACUGAACUUAAAAAAAUAUUACACCAAGUUUUAUAGCAAAAAAAUUCAAAAAAUAUUAUUUUUUUGUUUUAAAGCUACAUUAUUUGAAGUAGGUAUAAUAUUACUUAUAAUACAGAAAUUAUAAUAUGCUUUAAAACAUCCAUUUUUAUUCAUCUAGAUUUUAAAUAGUAUUGAAGUGUAAUUUUAUAUAAUUCUUUAAAUUACCUAAUGUUAUUAAAACAAAAUUAAUAGUCAAUAAAUGUUAUAAAUACCUACUUAUUAGUUAGCAUAGGCGCCCGUGGACAGUUUUAAAAUAAAUUAAAUAAAAUCAUUUUUUUUUUUUAUUAAAUUGUAUAUUACAUAAGGUAUAAAAUAAUGAAUCUUAGCUUCUCCCAAAAAAAAUGUCUGCGGACUCUAAUGUUAGUUAGUUAUUUCUAUAAUAAUAUACAUAAUACCAAAUAAUUACUAAUUUAGAUUUCUGGAUCGCCAUCUUCAAGGAUGGUUUUAAAACGCCAAAUGAAACAUUAAAUGUAAUUUGAAUGUACCCACAUACCCUAGUACCUACCUUUAUAUGAGAUUAUGUGAAAGACUAGGAAUAUAUUAGUUUUACCCUGAGGUAGGUAUGUCUUUUUUAACAGUGACAACUCGUGGUAGUGCGAUAAAAUUUAUCUUUUGGAGCAGUUACCUAUUGUAAGUGAAUACUAAAUAUAUGAUUUUUUUUUCACACCUGUAAAAAUUGACCGGAGCCAAUGACUAACAACAAUACUUAUAUUAUUCUUAAAAUUAUAUAUUUUUUCACAUUGUAGAGUCAUCAAAAUAAAUAAUAAUAAUGCAUUACACUUUAUAUUUUGUUACACGUCAACAUAUACAAAAUUCAUUUUUCUUUCUUUUAUUUUAAUAAAUUCGUUAAUUACUUUUUGAUUAAAACUAUUAUCUUCGUUAAUCAUACAACUUUCUAUACUCAACAUAGUCAAAGCGUUGAGUCUCUCUUCAUUCAUGGUACCUCUCAAGCAUGUUUUAAUCCUCUUCAAUGUUGAGAAACUUCUUUCGGCUUCUGAAGAUGUCAUUGGAAUUACUACUAAAAGUUUUAGCAACUUAAAAACUUCUUUAAAUGUAUCCUCCAUAUUAUUAUUUGAAAUGUAAUUAAUAGUAGGAAUUACACCGCAUAAAGAAUGAAAAUCAUCACGAGAGUACAUUACCUCCAACUCAGUCUUUAAACGUUCUUGAACAAAGAAUGGAUAACAUUCAACAAAAAUAUUUAGAGUAGUGAGUGGAAAUGUGUAUUUAUAUUCUUCAUAUUUAUCAUUUUGAAAAAGUUUAGCUAUUGUUAAAUGUUUAGUAAAAUCAAAACGACUUUGAGCUUGAAUAGAUAAUACGUCACAUACUUCCAAUGCGGCCAAUUUUCUAGAAUUAAUAUUGUCUUCAAUUUUUCUUCUUUUAAAAGUAUUUUCAAUGUCUGAAUAUUUUGAAAUAUAUUGACAAAUAUUUGUCAUGUCAUCUCGAAUUUUUGAAAUUUCUUUAGUAAAACAAUCAAUUGAUUUUUGUAUUUGUACCGGAUCAGUGUUUUUUGCUUGAACAACUUUAUGAAGGCAGUCGACAUGAGGCAUAAUUUUGUGAAAAAUGGUUAGCCAAAAUAUAAAAGUUUCAUCUGUUAAUAGUCUCUUGAGACCUGUAGCUUUAUUAAUAGUACAAGACUGUAAGGAAAUACUUACAAUUUUGUCCAUACAUUCUAUUAAUGACUCUCUAUAUUCAUAUACUGUAUUGAUAGUUUUUAUAUGGAAAUUCCAACAUGUUUGAACAGUUCUAGGCAAACGACUACCUACAAUGUCGUUUAACACAGCUACUCUUUGUGGAGAACUAGAAAAAAAUUCUGAAAUCUCAGAUAAAUUAGAAAAAAAUAUUUUAAUUUGUUUAUUUUGCGAAGUAGCUUGGAUCAUUAUUAAAUUUAAUUGGUGAGCGUAGCAAUGUACAAAAUUUGCAAAUGGAUAUUUUUCCUUCACUCUUGUAUUAACUCUUGUAUUCUGAUCACUCAUUACUACCACGCCAUCGUAUGAUUGUGCGAUUAAUUUUGAGGGUGUUUUUUCUAGAAUUGGAUUAAUUUCUUUUAAAAUAGUUUGUGUUAAUGACUCGACAUUAUGACCUUUUGGAUUUAAAUAGCCCCAAAAAUGUUCAACGGGUUUACCAUUAAUUUCAUACCGAAAAAUUAGUGCUAAUUGAAAUGAGUUGGCAGUGUCAGUAGUUUCAUCAACAAUAAUAGAAACAAAAUCUGAAUUAUGUAUUUCUAUUAAAAUUUGAUUUCUAACAACAUUUAAAAUACAAUCUAGCAACUCAUUUUGAAUUGUUUUGGAUGGUUCAUUAAAAACCAUAGAGUUUUGUAAAUGAUCUCUUAAAUUUUGAUCAAAGUUUGAAUAAAGGUCAAUUAAACCACAAAAAACACCUUGAUUUUUUGAUUUUACUUUUACAUCACGAUCACACAAAGGAAGUUCAUACUUUCCACAAAAUUUAACACAGUUUAAAAUUUUUUCUAAAACAUCACGAUUUUUAUAAACUUGUUCAUUAUGUCGUUUUAUUCCCAAUUUGUAACCUGCGUCAAUGUUAACCGUACCCAAAAUUUUUAAAUUUGCUUCAUUUUGUAUGUGUUUAAAUGAAUUUUCGUGUUUGUUUAUUUUAGAUAAAAGAUGUAUUAAAUCCGUAACACCUGUCUUACUCCAAGACCAAUCACCGCCAAAACAAACGCACGGAAAACAAAAUAAUUUGACGUUAGUUUCACACCCGCAUAGCCAUUUAUAUUUUUGGAAUAGCUCCGGAUUAAACCGACGUCGAUAGAUUUUAUUUCCUUUCUUUGAUUCCUGGAUUAAAUUGAACAAAGUAGGUAAUGGUCUUCCCAAUGAUUUUAUUUCCAUUUUUUUUUCGAACGACAAGGUCGUAAAUUUUAGUUUUAACAAUUCUUGAAUGGAAUUCAUAAUUGAAAAAAAAAUAUAACAAACGACAAAUGUGUUAUAAUAUUACCUUUAAGAGGUGUAUUGACAUCGGACGUGGAACUUUUCAGUCUACAAGGUUCACGUUUCUCUCGAAAAUUUGGUCACAACUGCAAAAUGAGCGAUUCGAUCUUUUUGUACGUUCUACAAGCAUUGUACGUGUAUAAUUAUGUAGAUAUAUGUAUUACAUGUAAACGUCCACUUCGAAGAAACAUAUCAACAGAUCCAACUGAUUAGAUGUAAUGCUGUCUGACAAAUGUCUUGUGAACGGGUAUAAAAUUGUAAUCACGUUUCAGCCGCUGACCGCUGUAAACACAAUAGCGGCUCAGAAUUAUCGCACGUUUACAGUGCUGCCGCCGAAAAUGUGCGACGAGAUUUGUCGCACGCUACAGUCCCGUAGGAGGGGGCGCGGCUAUAAAACGGCCGAACCGUAUUUCAGUCGAAAAUAUUUCAACCGACCAAGCCGGACAUGAAAUUAUCGGAAAUCACUUAGUGACCAUGACUAUAAAACAUAUAUUUUUUUUAUGUGUGUGUGUGUGUGUGUGUGUGCUCCACGGACCGUCGCACCGUACACGAGGAAACGACCAGUGACAUUCACCAGCGUUGGGCUGACUGUAUUUUGGAUAUUUUUGAAAAAACCCUUGUUGAACGGUAUACCGCGGAAAACCGAGUAUUCAUUGAGGUUGCGUUAUCUUUGAAUUUUGUGAAAUUGUUCGGUAUACGUGAAGGACAGAGAGUCCGUAACAAUAAUUAUAAAAUCGGGAUUUCUUUAUCGGUCCAUUACUGUACAUCACACAAAACGU